AUGGGGAGAGGCUGUAGUGAGGAAAAUUUUUCAGAAUAUAGGAAAGGGACUGAGUUGAACAAGAUAGGAAAAGAGCUUUCAAUGCUUUAUUUCUUUUGGUUGUUUCCAUUUUUUAAUGUUUUUUGGAGGGAGAGAAAAGAUGCAGCAGAAUCGAAUGG